AUGGCUGAGGUGCCUGAAGGCGAAGCGAUCCCCUCAUCGAGCGAGAGCACUGAGAGUGUGAUUGUAGAUCCGAUUGACGAUGAGGGGCCUUCGCCUAAAAAACGUAAAACGGUAAUAGAAAAUGAGCCGAGCGAAAAGCUGGAGCACAGACUGGGCGGCAUUCUGUGCUGCGCAGUUUGCCUCGACCUGCCCCAGGCGGCCGUGUAUCAGUGUAGCAAUGGCCACUUAAUGUGUGCCCCUUGCUUCACUCAUCUACUCGCGGAUGCACGCCUCCGCGACGAGACCGCCACCUGUCCCAACUGCCGGGUGGAGAUCUCCAAGACCUCAGCUUCCAGGAACCUAGCUGUUGAGAAGACGGUAUCAGAACUGCCUUCAGAGUGCAAACACUGCACUCGGGUGUUCCCCCGCCACUCGCUCCAGCAUCACGAGGAGAACGUUUGCGAAGACAGGCCUUACAAGUUUUCCCAACUGGUAGUAGACUCGACCCCGCGUAACCCGUUCGCUGGUUUGGUUCGCAUUGUGACCAGUGUGUACUGGCUCCUGGUGUCCGCCUUCAGGAGGACUUACUUCGUGUCCGAGGUGUCGGAGGCCAAGCGCCGUAGGUACAGCAGGGUGACGGGGUGCCGCUACGCGUGCGUGGGGUGCCGCUGGCGCGGCGCGGCGCGCGCGGCGGCGGCGCACGCGGCGGCCUGCGCGCACCCGCGCCAGUGCGCCGCCGACCUGGUGGAGCUGCUGCGCCAGCGCGAGCAGGACGCCGCCGACAACCUGCUCGUCUACACCCAGCUGCUCGAUCUGCUGUCCUACGAGAAGAUCACCUUCAACGACCUGCAGCUGAAGCCGUACCGCACGGAGGAGCUGCACAAGCUGUACUACGAGACGUCGCGCUUCGCCGCCUUCGGCCACCAGUGGGUCGUGAAGGCCUUCGUCAACAAGAACCAGCGCGACCCCACGCAGAGCUCGCAGAGGGAACUCACAUAUCAGCUGAUUCUGAAGAGCAAGCCGGCGCCGGCGCAGGCGGUGGGUGUGUCGUGGCUGUGGGUGCGCGGGCCGCACGGCGCCGCGCGCCUGCGCCCCGCGCUCGCCGCGCACGCCUUCCGCGAGGACGAGGCCGCGCCCGCCGCGCCGCUGCCGCUGAGUGACGCCGCCGACACCAACCGCCUGCUCGCCGGCAAGGCCAUAUACUUCAGACUCAUCAUGUUCUUGUCGCCUAAA